GCCACAGGCAUCCAAAAAUAAGCUAGUAGCUGCAGAAAAUGCAUGGGAAAACAGUUGUUUGCUUCAGUUAAUGGAAUCAAAAAAUCUAAAGGAAAGAGAAGCUUCUGCUUUUAAAUCAGGUACUGAAGCUUGUCCUGGCGUUGGACCAAAGAAAGAGGAUAAACAGGUGAGCACUAGUUCUCCAGGUGAAAACAAAACUGAGGUGCAGACAGAGGCAGCAAGCCUCUGGGUAGCUGCAGGAAAGGACCACAUGGAGGAGCAGCACUGCAGUGGUGAUUCGACACUGGAGCCACACACCCAGUCCACAGGGACGGUGGGCAGGCCUUCUUCGGGCUGUUUAUCAUCUGGGGAUGCUGGUAAAGAUAACAGUUCGCAGCUGACAGAAAGACAGCUCUCUAAGGAUGCGGAACAAAUAGGCACAGCUGGGGAGCCUGGAGUGAAACUCCCUCUUGAGCCAAUGGUAGAUGCUUUGAUUUUAACAGAUGCGGAUUAUAUGCCGACUGAUUUGGUUCCUACUGAGAAAGAUGUGCAAGCUGAUAGAAAUCUGCUCAGAUCAAAACAUGCUGCGGGCUCCUCAGAAAUUGCUAGUGGCCAGCUUGGAACUAGUGAUUUAAAGCAUCAGCAGAAACAGGCUGAUAAUGAUGAUGAAAAAUCUUUGUGGGACAGAACUGCAUCAAAUGUACGCUCGGGGUGUAAUAAAGCGUCUGAGCAUGAGAGCGCUGCCCAUUCACGAGUAUGCAAGGAGACACAGAGAACAGCAGGAUGGGAGGAGAAGGUAAAUAAUGAAGAACAAGAAGAUUUAUUUCUCAGAUUUUUAAAUGGUAACAUAAUAGACACUGAAGAAUCAUUUGCAAACUUAGCAAACCAAGAGGAUUUUGACACUGUUCCAGAUAUUUCACCUGAACGUGCAUCUUACAACUCACUGGAAGCUUUAUCACUAGAUGACAGGUUUUCUUCUCUCGAUGAACUUGCAAGAAGGAUAGAGAUUGCUGAG